CGCCGGAAGUCGGGGUGCGCAGGCUUCAGAACGCUCGCCACACGGCUGCUCGCUUUGCUUUGAGAGCAGGGAGUCGCCAUGGUUUCUGACGAAGAUGAAUUGAAUCUUCUGGUCAUCGUAGUUGAUACCAACCCAAUUUGGUGGGGGAAGCAAGCAUUAAAGGAAUCUCAGUUCACCCUGUCCCGAUGCAUGGAUGCCGUGCUGGUGCUGGGGAACGCCCACCUGUUCAUGAACCGCUGCAACCAGCUGGCCGUGAUCGCCAGCCACAUUCAUGAGAGUCGAUUCUUGUAUCCUGGGAAGAACGGCAGACUGGGAGACUUCUUUGGAGACCCCGGCAACCCCCCUCCUGAAUACAAUCCCUCGGGGAGUAAAGACGGCAAAUAUGAGCUGUUGACGGCAGCCAACGAUGUGAUAGUGGAGGAGAUGAAAGAUCUGAUGACCAAGAGUGACAUAAAGGGUCAACACACAGAGACUCUGCUGGCCGGAUCCCUCGCCAAAGCCCUGUGCUAUAUUCAUAGAAUGAACAAAGAAGUUAAAGAUAAUCAAGAGAUGAAGUCAAGGAUAUUGGUGAUCAAGGCCGCGGAGGACAGCGCCCUGCAAUACAUGAACUUCAUGAACGUCAUCUUUGCCGCGCAGAAGCAGAGUAUUUUGAUCGAUGCCUGUGUUUUAGACUCCGACUCAGGACUCCUCCAGCAGGCCUGUGACAUCACGGGAGGACUAUACCUCAAGGUGCCCCAGAUGACGUCCCUGCUGCAGUACUUACUGUGGGUUUUUCUCCCUGAUCAAGAUCAGAGAACACAGUUAAUCCUCCCGCCCCCGAUUCAUGUUGACUACCGGGCGGCUUGCUUCUGUCACCGGAAUCUCAUUGAGAUCGGCUACGUGUGCUCUGUGUGUCUGUCGAUCUUCUGCAACUUCAGCCCCAUCUGCACCACGUGUGAGACGGCCUUUAAGAUCUCUCUCCCACCUGUGCUGAAGGCCAAGAAGAAGAAACUGAAGUCAUCUGCGUGAUACAGCGGGAUUUCUUUAAGGCUUUUUUUUUUUGGUCCUGGAAAUUGAACUCAGGACCUUGUGCCCGUCAGGCAGGAUCUUGGGCUGCUGAGCUGUGUCCCCGGCCCCUUUAAGGCUAUUAUGACUAAUAAGCGUGUGGAAGAACCUUUGUGGGAAGACUGAACAACACAGAUCUGUGCAGGGUGGCUUUAGUGUCGCAAGCGUCCCAUGGGGCAUAGUCCAAAGUGUCACCCCCCUGCGCCGCGCGCAUCCUGCAGUCUGGUCUGGCCGGGGGGAAGCGCAGCUUGGUGACUCUGACUUUAUCAGUGGGCUCGGUGGUCAAAGCUGGCCUGCCGAGACCAAUCCUGGCUCCAGUCCUCUGCCCCGUUCUGCACACUCACUGUGACGUUGGAGCCGGCGCUGGAGGCAGUGAGCGUGUGCAGAGCUCAGCUGUAACAGCAGCAGCACGAGUGAAUCGGCAUCGCCUUUCCAGUGACCGAGCAGAAAUAAAGCCUGUGUCUACCCUGGGGGUCAGCUGCAGA